AUGGAGGUAUCAACCCAGACGAGGAGUCAGGUAGCCAAAUUGCAUUUUGCCCAACAAACAGGCGUUGGAGGGGAGUGGGACGGUCUACAAGCUUCAGGAGUAGAAAAGGAAGUAGAACGGGUGAGGAGAGAGAUUGGAAUAGGCGAGGACGAAACGGGGGAGAGGGCAAGAAAAAGAAAAAAUAUACAGAAUUCCGACACCCAAACCCCCAUGAUGAAGCAUAAAGGAACACAAACAUCCAUAUGGCGAUUAAAGAACAUUGACAUGGAGAAAAAGAAAGAAUCAAGCCGCCAAAGUGUUCUAGACCUUAUUCGCAGAUAUACACCCAUACAAUGCGAAGAAGUCGGGAAGAAAAUUAUGAGGGAAAAGAAAAAAGAACAGUUAAUCAACGAGAAAGGGUUAAUUAAAGAAGAGCAGGAGAAGGCAAAGGAGAAUGCGAAUACAGAAGGAUCGAAAAGAGAAAAUAAUGACACAAAAAUACAAGCAAAGAGUUUAAAGACACUGAAAGACAAAAACUGGCUCAAUGAUGAAGUAAUAAACGCCUACUUCGAACUAAUAGCGAAACGAGCCAAUCAAAACCCUGACAAAUGCAAAAAAGUGUACUGUAUGAACACUUUCUUCUUCCCUCGUCUACAAAGCGGAGGAUAUGAGGCAGUCCGGAGGUGGACAAAAAAAAUAAAAAUUUUUUCCUUCGAUCUGAUCCUGGUGCCGAUUCAUCUUGGUAACCACUGGUGCCUGGCAACCAUUGACAUGAAAGACAGCAAAAUAAAAUAUUACGACAGUCUAUUCGGCGAAAAUAUAGACUGUUUGACCAGGCUUUUCGACUAUAUCACUUGCAAAGCUGCGGAAGAAGAAUGUACAAAUUGGCAACCCGAAAUGUGGAAUUUCGUCUUCAAAAAGAAAAUUCCCAAACAAAGAAAUGGCUACGACUGCGGCGUUUUUGUCUGUCUAUUUGCGGAACAUGAGGCGGCCGAGAAAAGAAUCAACUUCACGCAAAAAGAUACAAAAGAAAAGAGAAUGGAAAUUGCUCAAGCGAUUGCAAAUGGCAGAAUAUAA